AUGGAGGGUCCAGGUCCAUCUCCUGAAGCAGCAUAUGUCAACAUUUCAGCUGAUGGAGGAACCCAAGUUUCUGCACCAGUGCUGUCCCAUGUUAAUGUUCAUGGGAAUGUUAACAUUUUAACAUGUUUUUCAGGUGUUCAACAACCAGCACAGGAUUGUGAUCAACAGUCAAAAAUCGCUGAAUUCAAAACAUCUAUCCUCACCUCCUGUGAGACUGUAAGAGAAUACAACUCCCUCCCUGGUCAGGAUGUGCUUCUGGCAGAUCGCUACACUGAGCUCCUGAUUAUUCAAAGACCCAGGGACCCAAAGGAGAGAGAGGAGGAGCUCCGUUCCAGAGGUGACACCCACCAGCAGCUCUUCCAGAGCAGGGCCAGUGAGAAGCACAGCCGCAUUCAUCUCGACCAGCUGUUCAAGCCCAAAGACCGUAGAUCAGGGCCGAGAGCAGUCAUUCUCCAGGGUCAUUCUGGUCACGGCAAGUCCUUCACUGCCCAAAAAAUCAUACAUGACUGGGCAUCUGAACUCCUGUUCAAAGAUGUUAUUCUUGUAUUUCAUCUCAACUGCAAAGAACUUAAUCUCCUCUCUGGAGAGCACAGUGUGGUAGACCUCCUGAGAUGUGAUCAGGAAUUUACUCCAGUGAUUUUAAGGAUCCUGCAAGACUCCCCUGGCAAGGUGCUCUUUGUUAUAGAUGGUUUUGAUGAGCUCAGGUUCUCAUUGAAAGAAAUUGACUCAGUACCCCCAACUCAUCCAUCUGUGCGUGCUCCAAUCGAGGCCACGCUGACUGCUCUGCUGAAGGGGAUUGUUUUGAAGCAGAGCCUUGUUCUGGUCACCACCAGAUCCACUGUUUCUGACAAACUAAGUGAGCUUAAAACCCCACAUCGCUUCACAGAGAUCCUGGGCUUCUCUGAGGACGGAGUGAAGGAAUACUUCCAGAGGUUCUUUGAUAAUAAAGAGCUCUCUGACAAGGCUUACGAGCAUGUGCGUACAAAUGAAACACUCUUCACUUCCUGUUUCAUCCCUGUCAUCUGCUGGAUUGUGUGCACUGUUUUGAGAGAGCAUUUGAGAGAGCAAGAGUCAGUAGAUGCACUGGGGCACUUUGAGACAACAAGUUCAAUAUUUGUCCACUUCAUUAACACUCUGAUGAAGGAUCAUUGUGAAGGGUCGAGUCAGCCUGACAUGACACUCUUGAGGAGCCUUGGUCAGUUGGCAGAACGAGGAAUUCAGGAACAUCGGGUCCUGUUUGAUGAGAGGACAGUGUCAGAAGAGUUUCCAGAUCUCCGCAAGGGUAAUCCUUUUCUGUGCAAAUUCCUGAUAAAGAAGAAGGUCUACCGAGAAACCAUGUACAGUUUCAUGCACCUGACCUUUCAGGAGUUCUUUGCAGCACUCUACAUUCUGAUGGAUGAGAAAGAGGCUGGCAGAAAACUUCAGGAGUUGCUUCAGUUUCCAGAUGAAGGAGAUCAUUUUAGGCUAUUAGAAGAAAAUAAGAGGCAUGUUGUUCGGUUUCUAUUUGGGCUGUCAAACAACAAUGUGCAUUCACUUGUGAAGACUCACACUUGGGUGGCUGUACGAGCUCAGGUGAAAGAGUGGCUGUUGAAUCUGAUUAAAAUGGAGAGACAACAUACAGAUAUACCGUUGUUUGUUCUGCAUUGUCUCUAUGAAAUCCAUGAGGAAGAAUUUGUCGUGCAAGUCAUAGGUAGCUGGGGAGAUAUUGUGCUCAACGUAAAUCAGAAGAGGACAGAUUGCUCGGUGCUGCUCUACUGCCUACACUGCUGUCCAAGUAUCAGACAGAUGAUCCUGCAUGGCCUAACCGCAGAUAACCUGAGGAUGCUACAGCCUGCGCUGAACAAAUGUGAAGAGCUGGAGCUCAACCUAGAGGUUCUGUCAGAUUCUGAUGUUGAUGAUCUUAUCUCAGCCCUGGGGGAAAGCAAGAGGAUGGGUGCAUUGAGAAUAAUGAGCCUCCUGUCAGCUGAGAGUGUGGAACGUAUCCUCAAGGCUCUACAGAUAAAUAAAUAUUUAGCUGGUGUUUUACUCUGUGUAAAGAUGAUCACCCCUGAUAUUAUAACCAUGUCCCUACGGAUCAUCCAGACCUCAGAGAUAUCAAAGAUUGGUUAUAACUUUCUGAGAAUUAACUGGCCUAAUAUGGAGGGUCCGUGCUCAUUUCUCGAUUUUCAAAAAUAUGCUAGGAGUCUCAGGCUGUAUGUUACCUUUGAUCCAGUAAUGGUUCCAGAAACUGUCAUCUCGAUAAUUGCUCUCACAUUUUCACAUUCUCCAAAGACAGCCAUUAUUAACUUCAUGGACUUUUUUCAGGAGCUUCACAUGCUAAGAGGGUUAAGAGAGAAACCAGAAUGGGAGAAGCAUGUGAAUGCUCUACUUUCCUCCCUGCAUUCACUCCCGGAUCUGAGUGAGGUGGAGUUGACGGUGAACCGUGUGACUGAGGGUUUGGCUGUGGACAUUCUCUCCUUCUUCAACACCUGCUCAAAUCUAAAGAAGUUGCUGAUUGAGAAAGAACCUCCACAUUUCUGGUUUAGGAAUGAGACAGACAGGGAGGUAAAGAGUUUCUGCUCUAAACUCUCCAUGGAAAAAGAUUUCAGCAACCAGGUGAACCCAAAACUCAGGUUCUUUGUCAGAUGUGGAGAUGGAACUCUAGAUGCAACACUCACCCUGGCAUAUGUCUCAAAAGCAACUAUCAACUUUCAAGACUUUCUUCAGAAGUUUCACACAUUAAGUGUCUUAAGAAAAAACAGCUCUGGGUGUGAUGACCAUGUGAAUGCUCUGAUUUCCUCCUUGACCACUCUGCCUGGUCUGGAGAAAGUGGACCUUACACUGAGCCCUCUGACUGGCAGCUGGGCUACUGGGAGUGUCUACCUUUUCCAAGCUUGUCCCAAUCUGCAGGAACUACAGAUUAAUAAGCACAUGUCAGUUACUCAUCUGUCUGUGACAAAGGAUGCCAUGAACAGGCUGAAAGUGAAAAUAUGUUUGGAAAGGUUUCCAACAAAUUUUACAAUGUCAGUCUCUUCAGAAAAGGGCUGGAUUGAAUUGACAGAAGGUUCUGCUGACAGUGAUGCGGUUGCAUUUGCUCUGAUCUCCUCCCAUUGUUCUUUGCUUGGUCUGAGGGAGGUUGAACUAAAGGUGUGGGCUUUGGUCCUUACUGUGAACUGGGCUGUUUGGAGCCACUCCCUCAUUCAAACCUGCCCCAGUCUGCAGAAACUACAGAUUAAAAGUAGAAGGUCAUCAUUUCUUUCUGUUUCAAAUGAUGAUAUCUCGCUCAGUCUAGAGGACGUGUCAGAUUCUGAUGUUGGUGAUCUGAUCUCAAUCUUGGGGGAAGGAAAGAAGAUACACGGACUAAGGUUAAAGGGCAGUCUGUCAACUGGGAGUGUGGAGUGUAUCCUCAGGACUCUACAGAAGCAGACCUGUGUGGGUACGGUUGACAUCCAAGUGAACACCAUCACCCUCCACAUUGCAGCCAUGCUCCUGCAUCUCUUCCAAAUCAUAGAGAUGUCAGAGUCCUACAAAUACCUGUGCAUUGAUGAAAAAUGUGACCAACUGACCAAUGAGACAGAUGGUGAUGCAGAGGGUUUGUGCUCUGGACUGUCUGUGAAAAAAGAAGACCCCUAUAAGUUCAGGUGA